CUGUUUCAAUCCCCGGGAACUCGGCGGCGGCGAAAGUGCGAGAAAAGUGUGUUUGUGGCGGGGCCAUGGAAGUGCAGGGCCCGCGCGAGGCCGUGGAGCUCCAAUGUCAUCAGAACCAGACGUUGUGUAAAGGCCUGAAUGAGCUUCAGAAUGGACAGAAGCUGGCGGUCAGAACUUGUCCUGUAGGGACGACCAAGCCGCUGUCCCUCAUCAAGCCGCCCAGCCAGAGCAUCGCCAUCUCUGUGGUGCCGGCCAAGGCUCCCGUUUCCAUGGUGACCGCACACAUCAACGGACAGAAGGUGGCGAGUUCGGAGCCGCUGCAGACGUCCCCCAUCAACCUCCAGACCGCCGGCAGGGUGGCGGCCACCGGAGUCCACACGUUCAGCAGCAGGAGAGCUGGGGAGCUGCCUCCGUCUCAGAUGCUGGGAACUCUCACUGCUGUGCCCAUCAAGGUGCCUCAAGUCAGCUCCCUGCACCGGCUGGCAGGACAAGCAGCCACUGUGCUACCUCAGGUCAGGCCAAAGACCCAGAUCCCGGACAGCCUUCCCCACACCCACAGCCCGUGUCAGGAGCUGCAGCCGCUCGGCUUGCAGAGGGCCACCGCCGUGGUCAGUCCCAAGAGCCAGGGCCCCACCCUGCCCACCGCCAACAGCACCUUCAGUCCCGACCAGCAGCCCAACGGCCAGAGCGACGCCUCGCCGCCCCCGGCCCCUCCCCAUGGCCCGUCGGGGGGCCCGGACCCCAGCAGCCCGGCCCAGCACGCCUCUGCCGGACCCGGCGUGGCGUACGCCAUCAUUGCAGCUUCUCCCGCCACAGGAAACGGAGUGUCUGCUGUCAGCGAGGCCGUCAAGGUGAUAAUAAUCCAGCCGCCAGCGCCCAGCAGCAUCGACGAGCCCCCGGCGGCCGACCUGCCACCACAGGAGGCUCCGCCCACUCCCAAGUCCCCGUCGCAGGAGAAGGACGAGGACGAGGACCACGAGAAAAUCGCCUUCAUGGUUGCGCUCGGCCUCGUCACCACGGAACAUCUGGAGGAGAUUCAGAUGAAGCGUCAGGAGAGAAAGAGACGAAGCACGGCCAACCCGGCGUACAGCGGGAUGUUCGAGCCCGAGCGUAAACGACUGGCGUCACAUUAUCUGAACAGCGCCCUCUACUUGUCAGCACGAGACUCUGAGGAUUUCUGCUGGAAGGAGGACGUGGAGCAUGACGACCACUGUGCCAUCUGUAAGGAGGAUGGAGAACUGCAGCUCUGCCACAACUGCCCCCGAGCCUUCCACCCCCCCUGCCUCCAGCCGCCCCUCAGAACCCCCCCCAGGGGCCCCUGGUACUGCCCCAAGUGUCAGAAGAAGGUUUUGAACAAAGAAAACAUGUCGUGGCCUCAGAACUUUGUUCAGUCCUACGUUACACACAAGACGGUGAGACAGGAGGAGAAGCGACGACUCCUGAGAAGAAACAACGAGCUGAAGAAAGAAUGUUCUCAUCUGGAGGAACAAGACGAACAACUCAACCAGACGCUGAAGCAAUGUCAGGACGUGCGGGAGCGACUCCUCGACCAGCAGAGAGACACCCACGCGUCGCUCGACCGCCUCAAGGCUCUCAUCAGGCUGAUCCAGCGCGACCAGCUCAUCCAGGUCACCAUGACCACCACGGCCACCAUCGCCACCUCCUUGCUCUCCCAGUCCUGGAUCAAACCCACCAGCACCGCCGCCCCGGGGCCGUCGGACACACCCCUGCAGAAGAACCACGCCCUCAGCCAGGACAGUGUCGACAACUAGCCCCGCCCCCUGCGGUCGUCGAGGACGGUGAUUUCUUUCAAAGUUUCCAUCUUUUCUCCGAGAGCCGAAACAAACGGAGCCUCGACCCUCCACUCGAUUCAAGUAUUUUUUAAAUUCCAACACCUACAGUGCUUACGAGAUUUCUUUCUUUUUUUAAGUUCUUUUCUAUUUAUUCAUGUUCUUGGCCUUAAUGUAUUUAUUACAAAACGUUAGACGACUGAGCCGCCGCAGGAAACCAGGAGUUUUUCUGCGCGCUCCGAAAGAUAUUUCCCUUUUUUAACACAGGUAUAAAACCGUUCUGCGCUUAGCGAGAGAGAACGGGCGAGUUCGUCUAGAGGAGCAAACGAGCGUGGAUGCAAGUGAACGACUGUACAUUGAUAUAUCUGAGUAGAUGUUUGUUCUCAUUCUCCUAUGAACAAUGUUUUUUGCCAUAAUAAUUCAGGAAGAUGUUUCAUGGUGUAUGUAAACGAGCCUUCAAACAAAAACAGAGAAUAACUUUUUUUCAGUAUUAAUAGAGUUAAAGUCAAAGAAAAAAGUAUUUAAGAUAAAACUACAGAAAUUAGCGUUUCUAGUGGAGAUUUUAGUAUUUUCAUGCUGAUGCCUGUUGAUAAAUGUAAGUUUGGAGUAU